UUCUCACCCAGCGUUCAAUCAAGGGUUUGCCCUGCAUUUCCGACUACUGGACCUACCCUUUCUUCGCUCUGGCUGCCGAGGAGUCGCCUUGUUCCUGAGUCUCCUGACUCCGGUUGGUGAUGUCUGGAAGCUUAGGAAGCGACCGUCAUCCUUGGACCUCGAUAUCUUUUCUGGGGCUUCUCGUUUCUUUUCCGGAAGUGGAUAUUGAGGUUGCCGCUUAUGGUCUCUUCUGGAGAAAGAUCCAUGAUCACUGGAGAAAAAUGAGUGUCCUGGUGAUUUGGGAUGUAAGGAAAUAAAUAUUAAUAUGGAGGACGAUUUCAAGACUGAGUCAUCAUCAUCUCCCUUUGCUCUUCAAGGUUCUUCAGAGACAUUGCUUUCUAUUCAAAUAUUAGAUUUCAAAACAAGUUUAUUGGAGGCAUUAGAAGAAUUGCGUAUGCGAAGGGAAGCAGAAACUCAAUAUGAAGAGCAGAUUAGUAAAAUUAUUCUGGAGACACAAGAACUUAAAUGGCAAAAAGAAACUCUACAGAAUCAAAAGGAAACAUUAGCAAAGCAACACAAAGAAGCAACGGCAGUUUUUAAAAAGCAGUUGCAAAUGAAGAUGUGUGCCUUGGAAGAAGAAAAGGGAAAAUAUCAACUUGCUACAGAAAUAAAAGAAAAAGAGAUAGAAGGAUUGAAGGAAACAUUAAAAGCAUUACAGGUUUCCAAAUAUUCUUUACAGAAGAAAGUGAGUGAAAUGGAACAACAGGUCCAGUUUCAUCUUUUGGCUAAAGAAGAUCAUCAUAAGCAACUGAAUGAAAUUGAGAAAUACUAUGCCACAAUAACAAAUCAGUUUGGAUUGGUAAAAGAGAAUCAUGAAAAGUUAGAACAAAAUGUACAGGAAGCAUUACAGUUAAACAAAAGACUUUCAGCUUUAAAUAAAAAACAAGAAUCUGAAAUAUGCAGCUUAAAGAAGGAACUAAAAAAUUUAACCUCAGACUUGAUGAAGUCCAAGGUCACAUGUCAGUAUAAGGUGGGAGAAGAAAGCAUCAAUCUAACAAUUAAAGGACAAAAAUUUCAAGAACUUCAAGAAAGACUCAACUUGGAAAUAGAAUUAAAUAAGAAGAUGAACGAAGAGAUUAUCCACAUCCAAGAGGAAAAAAAGGAUAUCAUCAUUUCUUUCCAACGUAUGCAGCAGUUACUUCAGCAACAGACCCAAGAUAAUACCAAACUGGAGACAGAAUUGAAAAUGCUAAAAGAAAAUAAUCAGACCCUUGAAAGAGAUAAUGAGCUGCAAAGGGAGAAGGUAAAAGAAAAUGAAGAAAAGUUCCUUAAUCUUCAAAAUGAGCAUGAGAAAGCACUGAGAACUUGGAAAAAACAUGUUGAAGAACUUAAUGGAGAUAUUAAUGAGAUUAAAACUGAAUUAUCAUCACUUAAAGAAACUUAUAUUAAGUUACAGGAACAAUACAACAAAUUAUGUGAUCUAAGAAAGUUUGAGGAAGACAAAAAGUUUCAGAAUUUUCCAGAAGUAAAUAAUGAAAACAGUGAAAUAGAAACUGAAAAAUCAGAAAACACCAUCAUACAGAAAUAUAAUUCUGGACAAGAAAUAAGGGAAGAAAAUAGUGUACGUUUUUGUUCAGAUAAUGAAUAUAGAGAAAAGGAGGAAAAGAAAGAAGACUCACCUACAGAAGAAAUCAUCAUAGAUGGUUUACAGCUUUUUGAAAAAAGCUCCAAGAAUGAAAUCACUACUACUGUACCUCAGGAUGAAAAUCAAAGUGAAAUCUCCCUAAGCAAAACUUUCUGCAUAGAUAAAGAAUUAAUUAGUCAAGAGCAAACUUUAAAUAUAAGUGACUUUAGAAAGUCAAUUACUACAGAAAAAAAAGACAAGUGUUUGGCAAAAGACAAUGGAUGUACAGAAUUUAAGUCACUGAAUAGUCCUUUUUUAGUGGCAGAUGUAUCAAUAGAAACAGAAAAGAUAGACCCAGAAAGAACUGAAGGAUUAGAUCUUCACCCUUCAGAUGUACAUUUGGAAGAUGUUAACAACACAACAUCAUUUGACAGAAUUUUAAAUGAGAUGGCUCAUGUUGUAAAUCAUAAUAAAAAUGUUUCUAAAAAUGAACCAUUGAAACAAUUCAGAUUGCUUUCAGGGAAUCCAAAAAAUCCUACAGAGAAGGAAAUUACAAAUACUGACCAGACCAGAGCAGAUCUGGAUUCAUCUCUAGAUAUAAAAAAGAAUCCUGUUCCACGUCAGAACUGUAGUUUACAGGAUUCAAGUAACAUUAUAUUAGAUGAUAAACAAUAUAAAGUAAAACAAAUACAACUGUUAAAUAAAAAUGAUGCAUGCAGCGCAUUGCCAUUUAAACAAACUUCAGAUUUUCAGCAAGUCUGUAAUGAUACAUCAGAGAAAGCUGAACUAAAUGUUCCCUGUGAUACAGAAAGCAAUUACACUAUUUCAUCUGCUGUUUCCAGUGAUAAUUCGGAAGUAUUUAUUGAGAAUUCAGAUAAGCGUGUUAAUAUUACGCCUGUGUUGGUGAAACCUAACUCAAGCCCUGGGGAGAGAACUAUAUGGAAAAAUAUGAGUGAUAAGCAAAAUAGUCAAUUUAAAGACUGCUUGGGAUAUCCAGAAAACAAUGUGACCAUAUCCAAUCUUCAGGUUAAUGAUGAGAAUAUACAUGUUCCACAAGCCAAAGAUAAGAAAACUGCUCUUCAUAAGAAAACUUCCACAGAAAUACAGUUUUCCAACAAAGAGAGUAAGAGUGAUGAGAAUCAGGUUACUGAAGACACAAAAAAUUCCUUCCUCCUUUUUGUGAAUGCUAAUGCAAGACAGCAUACAUUGUUAAAUAAUACAGAGAAAACAGAAUCAUUAAGUGACAUAGUUUCAGGAAAAAUUUACAUUGAAAGACAGCUGGAAGAAUCGUGUUCAUUUCAUGUAAAGUCAUCUGGAGAUUUAGUAAACAGAAGUGGAAGGUCAGCCUUUGAUCUUUCAACUUCAGAUAAAAAAACUGAGAAAACUCCAGUAUACUUGAAUUUUUUAGAACCCAGUCUUUGGUCAAAAGUAAAUCAAAUUGAAAGCCAAACAGUGAACACUUCAGCUUCUAGCAUUCCUUUGUUGCUGAAGGGGAGACCAGUAAGUCCAUCAGAAAACGAAAAGAUUGUUUCAGUGACAAUUUGUAAAAAUGUUGGUGAGGAUGAUGUAAAGAAGGAAAUUAGACCAGAUACUACCAGCAUUAACAGAGUUGCUGACACUUUGAAUAACUCGAGUAUCCAUCCAGACCCGAAGGGAAACCCUAGUGAAGAGAAGAAUGUAACUGCAAAGACUUUUUAUGAUUCUUCUUUUCCCACAGAACAUGUGAAAACAAAGCCUUUGAAAUCAACUCUGCUACAGAGCUCCAAAGCAGUCAAGAUUAAAGAUAUUACUGAUCUGACUGUCUCUGCUGGUGAAGAUGACUGGCAGAGCCUCCUAACAAAUCAAAUAAAUGAAAUUGAAAAAUUCUUAAGCUUGGAAAAUGUCAACCAACCUAAAAAAAGAAAAGCAGAAGAAAUGUUGGAAAAAACAGAUUAAAAUAAAAUUCCUCAAUGCUUUCAGUGGUGUACUGAUUUAAGUGAAAUGUUCAUAGUUUUGACUAGAAAGAAAUGACUGUUACAGCUAAAGCUUUAAAGUUCUCCUCACUACUCUAAUUGUAUUACUUGUAGGUAUCCACUCUACAAAUGCUUCAUUUUAGAUAGCUAUUCUACAUUUGCAAAGAGUUUUCUCUUAGCAUCCAGUUCCCUUUAACUUACAAAUUCUUAAAUACUUUGUCUUCCCUCCAAAUAACCUUUCUUCACAGCUUAUUGUUCUUUGAAAAUCCUUCCUUAUUGACCACAGCUUAGGAUGUAUUAGCCGAGACAGACAUAUUGAUCCUUUAUAUAAUUUAUUACUUUGUAUCUCAGGAGUUUGUGAUUUCUUUUACUUUAAAUUUGAGAUAAUAAAUGUGCAAACUAGUCAAAUUUCAGUUUAUAAUGAUUUACUAUGGUUUUUAGAUUUUUUUCCCCAAAAGAACAAAAUAAUUGCAUAGAAUUUCAGGUAUCAGAAAGACUCAGAAGGCUGUUUUUCACUUUGUUCAAGUUUUGUUUCCAGGCGUUAAGUGUGUCAUACAGUUGUUGCCACUGCUGUUUUCCAAAUGUCCGAUGUGUACUAUGACUAAAAAUUGAAAAAUUAAAAACAAAU